AUGGAUGUUCCCCGAUUAUUCAAAUGUGCCACACCGGAUUUGGUGAAGCGGAAAAUUUUUCGAAUUUCGAAUCGAAAAAAUGAGCAGCCGAAAGGUGAGUGUCCCUUUAAGAUUCAGGUUACUGUAGUUUUACCUACCUACAGUAAUCCUACAGUAAUCUUGCUCCAUAUGGGGUCCCCUCUUAUUAGUAAUAUACACCUGAAUAGAUGACUUAAUUAUGAUUUGGAGAUUAUUGUUAUUAAAAGCGAGAGAGUGUUGAGAGGUGAGAGACGCAGACAGCGAAAUUCGGGGUGUUGGUGACAGAUUUAUCCUUUUUUUUUAUUGGUCCAGUGAAAAAAAAACAGUCUCCUUUCCACCAACAUUUUCGCCCGAGGGAGAGAAGAGAGCUAUGGCCUAGUGGCUAGCGUUUUUGACUGCCGUGCAGGAGACCAGGGUUCGAAUCCCACUGCCCGCGCGCGAUUUUUUUUUCGCUCUCCAAAUUUUUCGACGCUAACGAGACCCUAUUCUAUUUGUAGUUCCGGUGGAGUAUUUUCUCCAAUUUUCACAAAUUUUUUUUUGUCAGAAUUUUUCUCGAGAGAGAAAUGACUCAUCGAUUUUUUUACAACACUUUUUAUUUUAUUUUUUUUUCUGAUAUUUAAAAAAAAUAAUUUUUUUCUCUGAAAAUUCAAUAAAAUAAAAAAAAACCUUUUAUUAUUCACAGCCAAAAAGUUUUGGCACAUUCAAAAUUCAUGAAUUUUCGCCUUUUUGUCUAUAAAAAAAAGGUUUUUCCCACAAUGUCAAAAGAAAUUAGGCUUAUUCAAUUUUUAUGUGAAAAAAAAUAAUCUCCGCGAUUUUUUUCUCGAAAAAAAAUUAUUAUUAUUAUAUAAUUAACCGCGCGCGCGCGCGCAUCUGGUGAAUCUUCUCCUGUUGCUUCGAAAAAAUAGUGUGCGAUUUGAGGAGGGUGCAGAGAUAAAGCUCAAAUUUCAGAGAUUUUUUUGUAUAUAUAUAAUAUAAAAUAUUCAAAAAUCCCCCCUUAUUACCUUUUUCCUCUCCAGUUUCAUUUCAUUUAUAUAAACAUUUGUCAAAACAUGAUUGGUCUUCGUGUCAAACAGUUGUUCGCAUUCUCAUUUUCAUCGAUUUUCCACCACAUUUUGUUUUGUUUCGCAAGAAUUCACAAAAAACUUUUUUUUUUCGAAAAUAAAAAAAAUAAUUUUUUAUUCAACUUUGAAUAAAAAAACGUGCGCGCGCUUCGAGACCCGUUGUGUGUUUUGUGUGCGCCUUUGAAAAACUACGGUAGUCAAAUUUUUUUCUUGUUUUUUUAGUUUCAUCGGUUUUUUACGGCAAAACGUGUUCCUAGUGAAUUUUGACUUGCUGAUCACGAUUCCACAGUGAAAAUUGAUUUAUCUCAACUCUAAACAUGAGUUAUGACGUGGCGAAAUCACAGAAAAUCAAGGGAUUUCGUAUUUCGCCACGUCAUAACUCAUUUUCAUCCCCGAUCGGCCAAAAAAUCAAUAUUUUCUGCAGAGACCAUCGAACUAACAGUGAAUGCGAUCUCCGAAGACACACCACUAAUGGAGCAUCCACCAACAUCAUCCGAAACAUCUUCGGAUGCCACGUCACGUGCCGAAAAUGCGCCGCCACCAAAAGUGCCCGUUUUGGCGAUUGGAACAUAUCAUAGGAAAGAGGCGGCGCCGAUUUUGGCUCGAUUUGAUACAAUCAGCAAAAAAGGUGGGAGUUUUUUUGGGGGGAGGGAGGAUGGGAAUUUGGGAAGCGGGAAAUUUUAAAUUUUGAAAUUUUUCACAAUUUUAUAGUUUUAUUCAACAAAUUUGGAAUCUCUAACAUGAGCAAUGCUCGAAAAUUUCCGAAAAUUAUCGAAUUUUCGAGGUUUAACAUGAGCAAUGCUCGAAAAUUUCCAAAAAUUCUCUUCUUUUCGAGGUUUAACAUGAGCAAUGCUCAAAAUUUUCCAAAAAUUAUCGAUUUUUCGAAGUUUAACAUAAGCAAUGCUCAAAAGAUUCCAAAAAUCUCUAUUUUUUGAGGUUUAACAUGAGCAAUGACACAAAUUUUCAAAUAUAACAUGAGCAAUGCUGGAAAGAUUCCAAAAAAUUCUUGUUUUAACAUGAGCAACGCUCGAUUUUCGAAAAUUAUCGUUUUUUUGAGGUUUAACAUGAGCAAUGAUCAAAAUUUCCUGAAUUUCGACCGAAAAAUCACAAAUUUUCAAAUAUAACAUGAGCAAUGCUCGAAAAAAUCCGAAAAUACUCGGCUUUACUAGGUUUAACAUGAGCAAUGAUCAAUAAUUUCCAAAAAUUCUCUUCUUUUCGUGGUUUAGCAUGAGCAACGCUCAAAAGAUUCCAACAAAUAUCUAUUUUUUGAGGUUUAACAUGAGCAAUGAUCCAAAUUUCCUGAAUUUCGACCGAAAAACCACAAAUUUUCAAAUAUAACAUGAGCAAUGCUCGAAAAUUUCCAAAAAAUUCUUGGUUUAACAUGAGCAACGCUCAAUUUUUGAAAAUUAUCGAUUUCUCGAAGUUUAACAUGAGCAAUGAUCCAAAUUUCCUGAAUUUCGAACGAAAAAUCACAAAUUUUCAAAUAUAACAUGAGCAAUCUUCAAAAAUUUCCAAAAAUUCUCUUCUUUUUGAGGUUUAACAUGAGCAACGCUCAAUUUUUGAAAAUUCUUGGUUUUUUCAGCUCUAAAAUGAGCAAUGAUCCAAAUUUCCAGAAUUUCGAACGAAAAAUCACCAAUUUUCAAAUAUAACAUGAGCAAUGCUCGAAAAAAAUUCAAAAAUACUCGUUUUACUAGGUUUAACAUGAGCAACGCUCAAUUUUCGAAAAAUUAUGGUUUUUUUGAGGUUUAACAUGACCAAUGAUCCAAAUUUCCUGAAUUUCGACCGAAAAACCACAAAUUUUCAAAUAUAACAUGAGCAAUGCUCGGAAGAUACUAAAGUUUCUUGAUUUUGUGUUUUAACAUGAGCAAGGACACAAAUUUCCGAAAAUUCUCUAUUUUUCGAGGUUUAACAUGAGCCAUGACACAAAUUUCUUGAAUUUCGACCGAAAAAAUACAAAUUUUCAAAUAUAACAUGAGCAAUCUUCAAAAUUUCAUAUUUUCCACGGAAAAUUUCGAGUUAGUACUGUAGCUGUGCGAUUUUUUUUCACAAAAAAAAUUCAUAAAAAAAUCGUAAGCAGUUCCCUUUUGGGCGCCACCUGGAGCGCAGCUGCGUUAAAUUUUGAGGAUUAUUUUUUUUUUCAUUUUAUAUAACAUUUUUCUUCUCAACUAAUCUAUUAUUAGCCGAAAAAUUUGCUAUUUCUAUGCUUGUGACGUUGUUCAAAAGUGAGUUUAAAGUUUUUUUUGGGCUGACAUAUGAAAUGAAAAGGUUAGCAUUAUUUUGCUGGAAAAAGCAGCUGAAAAUUCCCACUUAACUGGAGUUAUUCUAACUUGACAUUGUUCCAAAUUACCCUAUUUACCUAAUGAAUUUCCUAAAGAACACCCUAAAUUGCUUGACUAAACCAUGCCGAAUUGAUGAAAAAUUAUUCACCGAUCUUGAGAAAGGUAUUUUGAUUUUGCCUGAAAUUAAAAAUUUUUUCGAUUUUUUUUAGAAUGUUCUGGAGAGCUUCAGAAAUCUGACAAGAAGGAUCGGAAAAAUGAGGAGGAGAAACUAGACUCUAUUCUUGAGAAAAUGAAGAGUACUGGGAUUUAUUGACAAAAAAUGUAUAUUGUUUAUAGUUUGCUCAUUUGUUCAUAAUAAAUUUUGAAUACGAAAAAAUCGCGGGCUACAGUAAGCACCCUGCAUAUCUAACUUGGAGUUUUCAGCGAAAAUAUGAAAUUUCUGAUGGAUUUUUGAUUUUCAAGUCAAAAUUCAAAAUUAAUGUGUUCAUUGCUCAUGUUAGAGCCCAAAAAUCAAGAAUUUUUGGACGAUUUUUAGUAGCAUUGCUCAUUUUAGAGCCCAAAAAUCAAGAAUUUCUGCACGUUUUCGAGCAUUGCUCAUGUUAGAGCCCAAAAAUCAAGAAUUUUUGGACUUUUUUGAACAUUGCUCAUGUUAGAGCUCAAAAAAUCAAGAAUUUUUGGACUUUUUUGAACAUUGCUCAUGUUAGAGCUCAAAAAAUCAAGAAUUUUAAAAUAAUUGAGCGUUGCUCAUGUUAAACCUCAAAAAGAAGAGAAUUUUUGGAAAUUUUUAAUCAUUGCUCAUGUUAUAUUUGAAAAUUUGUGGUUUAUCGGUCGAAAUUCAGGAAAUUUGUAUCAUUGCUCAUAUUAGAGCUGAAAAACCAAGAAUUUUAAAAUAAUUGAGCGUUGCUCAUGUUAAACCUCGGAAAGAAGAGAAUUUUUGAAAAUUUUUGAGCAUUGCUCAUGUUUAGUUUCAAAAUGAGCAGAAAAACUGUGCGGCAAUCUUGCGAAAAUGGGCGUGGCCUAAUUCUAGGCUUUUAGGGUCUCAAAAGGGUUUCUAUCAAAUUCGACUUAGCUCAACUUUGACAUGAGUUAUGACGUGGCAAAAUUGGAAACCUCGUGACUCAAAAAAUUAAUUUGUUUUUAGUUUGAUCUAUUUUUCACCUGGUUUUUUGUCGUAAUCAAACUAUUUUAAUUAAAUAUUCAGAAAAAAUUGUUUUUUUUUUUGAAAAUCCUGAAAUUCUGGAAAAAAUUUUGUAUUUUGAGUUCUAACAUGAGCAAUUUUCUUGAAUUUCGACCGAAAAACCAGAAAUUUUCAGAAAAUUAACAUGAGCAAUGCUCAAAAAUAGCAAAAGUUCUGGAUUUUGAGUUCUAACAUGAGCAAUGAACAUAAAAUGUUGAAAAUCCUUGAUUUUUUGAGAACUAACCUGAGCAAUGCUCAAAAACUUUCAUUUUUUUCGGAUUUUAGGAUCUAACUAAAAUGAGCAAUGCUCGAAUAUUCGAAAAUUAUUUAUUUUACAACUUUAACAUGAGCAAUUCUCAGAAAUUUUCCAUUUUUUUUUUUGAUUUUUUGAGAAAUAACAUAAGCUUUUUUCAUGAAUUUCGACCGAAAAACCAGAAAUUUUCAGAAAAUUAACAUGAGCAAUGCUCUGAUUUUUUCCAUGAAAACCUCCGUUUCCCUUUUUGUGUCGGCCUCAAAAAAUACAAGCUUUUACCGCCUUUUCUUUUUUUCACACCUGUAGAAAUCACUCGCCCUUUCCUUUUGUUUUUAUUAAUAAAAAAAAAUAACAAAAGAUCCCGGGUGGUAGUAGUAAUUGCUCAUAUUUACAAGCCCCCCCUUUUUCUCAAACCCUAAAAGGCGGUGUUCUUCUUUUUUUUUUUGGUGGUGUUUUACAAGCAGAUAUGAAUAUUUAUUCAAUUAUUAUGAAUAAACAAUACAGAAAAAGUUUUUUUUUGUGGGAAAAAAUUACUUUUUUUUGAUUUUCGCGCCAAAACCUACAGUAUCCCAGGUUUUUUACAUCAAAGAAUUACAGUAAAAACUACUGUAAGUCCCCUUUCCUGUCCCUUUUUGUUGCCAAAAAAAGUGUGAAAACAAUAGCCUAGGCAGCUAGGAUAACUAUAAUUGGUUGUUUAUCGGGUUGGCCACAAAAAAGUCAAGGCCGGUUUAUUUUCCUGCUUUGAUUUGCCUUUUAUUUUGUUUACAGUAUAUUUUUAAUUGCUAAUUAGGAUUUUUGGCGGGUUUUUGUGUUAAUAUGAGCAAUUCAUAUGGAGGUACAGUACUUUAAAGGAACAUUGUUCCCCGAAAUUCAAAAUCCAUCUUGUUUGAACUCAAAAUGAUGCGCUUUGAGUAACACAGUGAACUACAGUAAUUUAAAGGAACAUGGAUGAUUGCUCAUAUUAUUAAAGCUGCAAAAAUAGUUCCAUCGCUUCUGAUUCGAAUAUUUUUUUUGCACCAACUAUAACCUAGAUUAAAAAUUGGGUAGAGAAGGAUUAUUGACUGAAAAUCUGGUGAAAAUUUGAAAAAUUCUCGAAAAUUCAACAAUUUUCAGUGAAAUUGAGGAUUUUGGAUGGAAAUUUGAGAUUUCCGGGGUUCCCAUGCAAAAAACACACAUUUUUUGUCAGAAAUCCUCUAAAGGGCUCAAAAUUCACGAUUUUCUCAAUUUUUCCCAGGUUUUCAGUCAAAAAUCCCCCAUAAUUUUUGACUUAGAUACGCAGGGCAGAAGGACUACUGUAGGUUUUUGAAUAUUCCCAAAAACCCACACGAUAGAAUUUUAUAUUUUUCAAAAAUAAAAAUUUGCCACAAAAAAUUUGGGAUUUUCAAAGGUCAUGUUGAAAAAGAAUUUUUGAUUAAUAUGAGCAAUAGAGCUACAGUAAUUUAAAGGAACAUGUCUUGUUUGUACUCAAAAUGAUGCUCUUUGAGAAACACAGUGAACUACAGUAAUUUAAAGGAACAUGGAUGAUUGUGGAUUGAUUGCUCAUAUUAGCCAAGCUGCAAAAACUUUCCCGUAAAAAACCGAUGAAACUGAAAAAAAAAGAAAAAAUAAUUUAACUACAGUAGUUUUUCAAAGGCGCACACAAAACACACAAUAGGUCUCGAAGUGCGCGCACAUUUUUUUUCAAAAGUAAAAAAAUGUUUUUUUUUAUUUUCGAAAAAUAAAAGUUUUUUGCGAUCUUUUUGAUUCGAAUAUUCGUUAGCGAAAAUUGCAAAAUUGAAUUAUUUUCGACAGAAUUUUCCUGAUUUUCAUAUAAAACCCGCAUCUCCCCGUGAUUUUCCAAUUUUCAAAAUGAAAUUCCUCUAUGUUCUCUUGAUGGUUCUUCUCGCUUCCAUCGCAAUUUCACCAAUCGAUGCCGCUCCGCCCGUUUAUUGGUGUCGAACAUUGGCCGAUUGCUAUCCGAUUCACACGAAAUGUCGAUGGGUUGUCGGAAUUUUGGGAGUUUGUGAAGUUUGGUGAUGGAAAUUGAACGAUAAUUUGAAUCGUUGAUAAUAAAUCUUGGCAUUUUUGGUUAGAUCUGCAGGUUCUUCUACCGUACUUCAGAAAAAAUUCAAAAAAAUGUUGAAAAUGAUUCGAUUUUCAAUUUUCGCUCGCAAAUCAAAAGCGAUGGAACUAUUUUCACAGCUUUAUUAACAUGAGCAAUCAUCCAUGUUCCUUUAAAAUACUGUAGUUCACUGUGUGCCUCAAAGAGCAUCAUUUUGAGUUCAAACAAGACAUGUUCCUUUGAAGUACUGUAGCUCUAUUGCUCAUAUUAAUCAAAAAUUCUUUUUCAAACGUGACCUUUGAAAAUCCUAGGGGGAAUUUUUAUUUUUGAAAACUGAAAUUCUAGAAAAUCGUGUGAGUUUUUGGGAAUAUUCAAAAACCUACAGUAGUCCUUCUACCCUGCGUAUCUAAGUCCAAAAUUCUGGGGGGGAUUUUUGACUGAAAACCUGGGAAAAAUUGAGAAAAUCGUGAAUUUUUAGCCUAAAUUAGAGGAUUUCUGACAAGAAUUUGUGUUUUUUGCAUGGAUCUAGGCUAAAUUUUCCAGAAUUUUUCAAAUUUUCACCAGAUUUCCAGUCAAAAAUCCUUCUCUACCCAAUUUUUUGCUGAAAUUUAUCCCCAUUUUCAAAUUUUUUGCAUAAAUGCCAAUAAAACUUGGGAUAUCCGUUAAUUGAAUUCUUCCUUUUCUUCUUCUCAUUUUCGCCACUUUUUGCCGUCUGCGUCUCUACUUAAAAAGCAAAGUACUGUAACUAUCGCAUCAUUUAACAUUUAUGUUAUGUUAGACCCGAUUUUGGGAUUUAUUUGGUGGAAAAUAGCGACUUUUUCGUGUUGUUGGCAGUUUUUAAUAUCAAAAAUUCGUAUAAUUUUUAUUUUUUUUAUUAAAAAUGUAUAAAACACCCCGGGGAAAUAAUAAUACGGGUGGUCUAUUUUCUCUCUAUCUCUCGCCCGACGAGAAAAUAAUCAACAAAAUUCGGCGCCGGGAAAAAUGUGCAGGGAUGGCCGAGCGGUCUAAGGCGCCAGACUCAAGCGUCACGCUUGCCUCAGGUUCGAGGUACACUGGGUGUUCUGGUACUCGUAUGGGUGCGUGGGUUCGAAUCCCACUUCCUGCAGACAACUUUUUUUUUUUUUGUUUUUUUUUGGGGCCCAUUAGCUGUGUCUCGCUUUUUUUUAUUGCGCAACACAUUUUUGGGGGGGGAAUAUUAAGAUAUCAAGAGAAGAGGAGACCUUGACAAUUAUUAUUUGGCAUUUCUCUCUGAAGUGGGGCCCCCAAAAAUUUCUUGCUAGUUUAUAUACUUUUUUGGCCCAUCCGUGUAAAAAGGAAAUUUAAUCAAAACAUUUUUUCGCACUUUUUUCCUUUUUUUCUUUUUUGGAAUAUUUUCAAGGCCAUUUUUUUGUGUUUUAUUAUGCUUGUUUAAAUAGACCGUGAUGAUGAUGGUCCUUUUUUGGGUAAACAAACCUUAGAGUAGGUGUGAAAAAUAGGGUUUUUUGGAGAAAAGUGACCAAAAAGUUUGUUUUGUGCCUUUUUUUUCUUCACAUGUGGCCAUUUUUCAUUAGACCACAUGUUGCUCUUUUUUUCGAUGAAAAUUGAUUUUGGCGCCGAAAAUCCCCUUUAUUCCUGGUUUUGCGCUUGUCCGAGAGAAGUACACGAAUUUUAUUGAAAAAAAUUACCAAAAAUGUGUGUACUUCUCUCGGACAAGAGCAAAAAUCAGCGGGAAAAUGCGAAAUUUUGAAUUUUUCAUUUCCCGCUGAUUUUUGCGCUUGUCCGAGAGAAAUACACGAAUUUUAACUGAAAAAAAUUUCAAAAAUAGAAAAUUUUUUGUACUUCUCUCGGACAAGAGCUAGAUUCAGCAAAAAAUUCAAAAUUUCGCAUUUUCCCGCGGAUUGCUACGUUUGUCCAAGAGAAGUACACGAAUUUUUACUGAAAAACAUUACAAAAAUGUGUGUACUUCUCUCGGACAAGAGCCAGAUUCAGCGGGAAAAUGAGAAAUUCAAAAUUUCGCAUUUUCCCGCUGAUUUUUGCGCUUGUCCGAGAGAAGUACACGAAUUUUUACUGAAAAAAAUUACAAAAAUGUGUGUACUUCUCUCGGACAAGAGCCAGAUUCAGCGGGAAAAUAGAAUUUUCUUUGUUUUUGUCGCAAUUUGGCUACCCAAAUAAUCUCUAUUUGUGUUUUGGAUGAUUUUUUGCAAAUUUUAUAUACUUAUUUUGCGCGCGGCGAGAAAUGGCUAAUUAUUUGGAGGAAAUCAUAUGAUUUUUGCGAGUUUUUAGACUAUUUUUCAGGAUUUUUGAGUUACCGUAACUCCAAAAUCUAUUUUUUGUGUUUAAAACCAAAAAUUUGAUGAUUUGACCUUUUGUUUUUUGUUUCUAUUUUUGUUUUGAAACAUGGAAGAUUUCGAAAUUUCCGAUCCAAUUGAUAAAAAAAAUAGAAUAGUCAACAAAAUUUUGGUUAGAAAAUUAUUUUCUAAUAAAAAAUUUCUCCAAGAUCCACAAAUUUUGAAGAUACUUUUGAUCUACCUAAAAAUUUGUGUGCCAAAAUUUUUUCUGAACUCAUUUCUGCAAAAAAUGUCAUUUUUUUUCUAAAUUCUUUCUCGCAUCUCUUUAAAUUUAGAUUUCCGGUUGAAAUUUGGAACGCUGCCAAAAAAUGAUUUUCUGUGCAUUUAUGCGUCACGGUGUUUGCACAAUUCGUUCUAAUUUUUAUUCUGAUCUACCUAAACCCCCAUAAAUUCUACAGUAGUCCCAGUCUAGCACAUCUGGUUUUUCUGGCUCCAAGUUUUUGAGGUCAACCAAAUUAUAUUUCUGAUGGUAACCCAAUACUUUUUUUUCUCUGGUUCAAAAAUAUACAUGUGUUUUUCGUUCGUUUUCUUGUCACUCAUCCAAUAUAAGCAGCUGUUUUAUGGUGAUAGUUUUACAAGCUUCGUCCAAGUUUUUUUUUGUAGUUCGGCCGCUUUUUAGAUGGAAAAGUAGAGAGUAUGGGAGGAGAGAGAGAGUUAGAGAAAGAGGGGGACAUUUUUGGCCACGCCCAUUUUUAUCGCGCACCACACAGGAACGGGAAUGGUUUUUAUUUUUAUUUUAUUAAUUUUUUGGGUGGCUGAAGGGUUUCCGGGGGAGUUUGGGGAACUUCUGGAAUUUUCUGACGAUUUUUUGAGAACCUCUGAAUUUUUCAGAAUUUUCUAGUGAAGUUUUUUGGACCUUCGGAAUCAAAUUAUUGAUUUUUGGGAACUUUUCUAGAAUUUUCUGUGUUUUUUUUUGAAAUUAAAUUAUUCUGGAAAUUCUGGGAAUUUUCUCUAACUAACAUUUUUUUAAACGAAAUUUCUAUAUUUUAUUGAAUUUCAGAUUUUUGGUCCAUUUUUCUGGAAUUUUUGAGCAACUUCUUAGAUUUUCUGGAAUUUUGGAACCUUUUUUCUCGAAUCUGACUCUUGUCCGAGAGAAGUACACACAUUUUUUGUAAUUUUUUUUCAGUAAGAAUUCGUGUACUUCUCUCGGACAAAAGCAACAAUCAGCGGGAAAAUGCGAAAUUUUUCAUUUUUCAUUUCCCGCUGAAUCUGACUCUUGUCCGAGAGAAGUACACACAUUUUUUGUAAUUUUUUUUUCAGUUAAAAUUCGUGUAUUUCUCUUGGACAAGAGCACGAUUCAGCGGGAAAAUGCGAAAUUUUGAAUUUCUCUUUUUCCCGCUGAAAAUUUUCUGAUUUGGAAUUUUUUUUGGAGAAUUUUUUCCCAAUUUCGAAAAAAAAAAUGUCAGUAAAACUUCUUCCGGUUUCACUUUUCCUUUUCAUUUUUUUUUUUGAAAUGUAUUUUAUUAAUCCGAAAAAUAUCGUAUAAUUAUUAGUGUACACAUGUUUUUGUUUUGUCCUCAAUUUAGUUUUCUUUUUUUUUUCCACAAGUUUCUUUCACAGCAAAAAAUUUGAAAUUUUCAUUUUUUUUUUCCAAACGACACUCCGCAAUCACGACAACCCAAAUAAUUUUUGUUCCUUUCAGAAUCCACUACGAAUCCACUACCGCAUCCGGCUGAUUGUCUACCUUCUCCAACAUCUGGAGAAGACGAUCGUCAGAUGUAUCACAGAGGGUUGCAAGGUCCACCGCCAGCGUGGCAACCGCCGAGACCGCCCGGUGUUGAGCAACAACACGAUUAUACCAAUGAUUAUGAGGAUCCGGAAGAGUUGGCGAGGCAGAGAGGUGAGAGAUGCAGAGUGGAAAGGGGAGGGGGGUGAGAGACGCAGAGGGUGUGAGAGACAUCAGAGAUGCUAGAGAGCUGAUAGAGUUAGAGAUAUAGAGAGACGUAGAGAAGAUGGGCAGAGUUAGAGACGCAGAGAAGCUAGAGACUGUUAGAGAUACCAUUUAGGUGAGAGAUGCAGAGAAGCUAGAGAAAUAGUGAAUCUAAGCUAGGAGACACUGCUUACUCAGAAAUUUUUUUGUACCGGGACAGAAUUUUUUAAGCACAUUGUUCGAGUACUGUCUAUAUUUUGUGCAGGUGAUGACGUCACGGCAUGCACAAAAUAUAGACAGUACUCGAACAAUGUGCUUAAAAAAUUCUGUCCCGGUACAAAAAAAUUUCUGAGUAGGUUAGAGUCUCAGAGAGAGAGAGAGUGUUCAGAGGAAAAUAACCGAGAGGUUAGAGACGCAUAGAGGGUAGAGAUAGAGAGAGAGAGAGCUAGAAGCUUAGAGAGCCCAGAGAAAUUAGAUAAGGUUAUAGAUGCAGAGAGAGAGAGUUCAGAGGAAGAUAACUGAGAGGUUAGAGACGCAGAGAAACUAGAGAAUUAGUGAAUCUAAACUAGGAGACACUGAUUAGGUUAGAGAUGCAGAGAAGGCAGAGAAACAGAAUAGCUAGAAGCUUAGAGAGCCCAGAGAAAUUAGAUGCGGUUAGGGACGCAGAGAAGCUAGAGAUGAUUAAAAACAAAUUUUUUUUUAAAUGUUUUGCCACGUGGAUUCUGUUAGAGACGCAGACACAGAUAUUUUUUUUUCAAUCAAAAAGUUCUGAUUUAUUUAUUUAUGCCUGUAUGUGUGUAUUUUUAUUGCUCAUGCCAUUUUUUAUUAUAUUUUUUUACACAAUCAUUUUUUUUAUUUGAUAAUGAAUGAAUCAGCAAAGGGAAAAAUAUUCUUCAACACAAAACCGACAAUUUUUUGGAGGGUAUGUAGAUCAAAAAUUUGGGUGAAGCGGGAAAAUUUGGAUUUUUUUUUCUUUCUUGGGAAAAAAAUUUCAAUUUUCAGAUGGAUUGCUGAUUAAAACUACACCGCCUCCGGCCACGAGCAAUUCGUCCUAUGAAAUGUCGAUGUCACAACAGGUAGGGCUGGAAAUCUGAAAAUUCUAGCACGAUUUUCAGCAGGGAAAAUUUGAUUUUGGUAUUUUUGGGCUGAAAAUUUCAGAGCUUCAAAUUUUUUUUUCACAAAAUAUAAUUUUGCAGCGCCGCUCUCAACAGGCACAAAUGCGCUCCACCGAACAAUUUGGCGAUUGGCCAAACUCGUCAAAUUCCGACGGAACAAUUUUGCACAAGAAUGCCGAAGGAGCUUAUUAUAUACCAAGUGGAAGUUGUGAGUGAUUCGAUUUUUCUCGGGGGUUACUGUAGGGGUUUUUUGGCGCCAAAAUUGAAUUUGAAAAAUCAAGUUUCGCGCAAAAAAUUGAAUUUGAAUUCGAAUGUUUGGCGCUAAAAAUUGAGUUUGAAAGAACAUUUCCACGUGGAUUUUUUUGCGCCAAAAAUUUAAAUUCAAAAAAAAAUUAAUUUCCGCGCACAUUUUCCGGGUUACUGUAGGGUUUUUGGCGCCAAAUUCCACGUGGAUUUUCGGUACUAAAAAUUGAAUUUGAAAAAUCAAGUUUCGCGUAAAAAAUUGCAUUUGAAAGAACAUUUCCACGUGGAUUUUUUUGCGCCAAAAAUGUAAAUUUUCCGGGUUACUGUAGAUUUUUUUUAUUCCAGGGAUUAUUUUUAUCAAAAAUUUUUCCUAGAUAAGAUAAUGAGUUUUUUUUUUGCUGAGCACACUUGACAAAAUAUUGCGCAACACCCAAAAAAAUGCACAAUAAAAAAAUAUCCAAUUUUUAUUGUGUAUACUUGAGAUUUACUCUUGUCCCACCCCAAAAAAAAGCCGCCAAAAAGCCAUGUUUACAUUUGGAUUUGGAUUUGGCCUUAGCCAAAAAUAAUGUACAAGUAACAAUUUUGGGGUACUGUAGUUUUUGGGGAACUUUCCUAAUCUUAAAAAUACAAGUAACAAUUUUUAGGGUACUGUAGGUUUUGGGGGACUUUCCUAAUCUUAAAAAAUACAAGUAACAAUUUUGGGGUACUGUAGUUUUUGGGGAACUUUCCUAAUCUUAAAAAUACAAGUAACAAUUUUUAGGGUACUGUAGGUUUUGGGGGACUUUCCUAAUCUUAAAAAAUACAAGUAACAAUUUUGGGGUACUGUAGUUUUUGGGGAACUUUCCUAAUCUUAAAAAUACAAGUAACAAUUUUUAGGGUACUGUAGGUUUUGGGGGACUUUCCUAAUCUUAAAAAAUACAAGUAACAAUUUUGGGGUACUGUAGUUUUUGGGGAACUUUCCUAAUCUUAAAAAUACAAGUAACAAUUUUUAGGGUACUGUAGGUUUUGGGGGACUUUCCUAAUCUUAAAAAAUACAAGUAACAAUUUUGGGGUACUGUAGGGUUUGGGGACUUUCCUAACCUUAAAAAUACAAGUAACAAUUUUUGGGGUACUGUAGUUUUUGGGGAACUUUCCUAACCUUAAAAAUACAAGUAACAUCUUUCCCCGCUGCAAAAAAUUGGGAAAAGUUUUUUUUGCGCGCAGAAAAAACCUUGUAAAUUUCUUCACAUAAAAUUAUGUAAAUUCUCCAAAUUCACCUCGAAGGAAAUUUGAUUGUGUACUUUUUUUUGUGAGAAUUGGCAGAUUUUUUGCGUUGUGAAACCUAUAAUUAUUUAUUUCUUUGUAUUUUUAUAAUCUAAUUGCGGUUAGAUGAAAAAUAGAAGUAGCCUGGGUUAAAAAAAAAUAAUUUGCGGCCAGGAGGAAUUGAACUCGUGACCUGUUUCUUGGAGAAAUUUUGAAAUCCAAAAUUGUAUUUCAAAAAAAACACUGUUGAAAAACCGCCAAAAAAUUCCACGUAGAAUUUUUUUUUGAAAUUUAAAAAUUGGAAAUUUUUUGAAUUAAAAAUCCCAACUCCAGAUUUUGAUAAAAAAAAUUUUACAAGGCUUCCCAAGGCUUUUGGAAGCUUCGUAAUUUUUUUUUUUGAAAUUUAAAAUUUUGGCUCCACUUUUUCAUCUGAAGUUUUUCACCACGUGGAGGAUUUCCAGAUUUUUUUUCUCAAAUUUCAAGCGAUUGUAAUUUUUUUUCCAACUCCAAACUUAGUUAUAAAAUUUGAAAAAAAUUAAUUUUCGCGCCAAAAUCUUUCUUUUUUUUUCCAAUUUUUGAGCGAUUUUCUACCUCUAAACUUUUGCCACGUGGCAUCUGAAUUUUAAAUUUAAAAAAAAUCCCAACUCCAAAUUUGGAUGUAAAAAUUUCAAAAAAUCAAAUCUUCUUCCAAAAUCUUGAAGUUUUGCCACGUGGAAUUCAAGGUUCAUUUUUUUUUUCAAAAAUUUUGAAUUCUCGCCAAAAAUUCACCCUAAUAAAAAUAGGCUCCGCCCACUUUUUUUCCUUCUUCAUUUCUGACAUUUUUCUCCUCCUUCUUCCUCAUUUUCACUUUUUUUCUCAUUAUUCACAUCUAGAAAUAUUUUUGAAUUGCCCCGAAUUCAAAUUUAAUGGCUGAUUCGUGUCAUUAUGCGUCGACCAGUGUUUAUGCGCGACAAAAUGGCCCAAAUCUGAUCUAUAAAUGUAGUUUGAACUCGCCACGAAGAAGGCUACCGCCUGAAAAUGAACAACAACUACAGUUUUAUGGGGAUUUCGGGUGUUUUAAUCAAGAGGAUUGUGAUUAUGAAGAGUGUAGGCUUCUUGUUUUUUUUUGGGCUGGAAAGGGCCUUAAAAUUAGACCUUAAAAUGUUGUUCUUAAGGCUAAGGAUAGGCCUUAAAACAAGCCUGAAAUCAAGCCUGAAACGGGCCUAAAAUAAAGUCUUCAAAUUCAAAUUUUUCCAGUGCGAACCACAUCGUCAACUUUGUCACCAGCUUCUGGAGGUGGAAAUACGAUUGGACCCCUCGGCCAGAGAUAUCAUGAGUGAGUUGUUUUUUUUAAAGGGACAUGGGAUUUUUGAAUUCUAGAUUUUUUCGCGCCUAACAAAAUCACCUGGCUUUUUUUAUAGAAAAUUUGAAUUUAGAUUGUUCCCGCUGAAAAAUUUUGUACAAAUUAAUUCAAAUUUUACAUUCUCCCGAAGUUUACCAGUUGUCCGAGAGAAGUAUACAAAAGAUUUUUUGCUGAAAAUUUGAAUCUAGAUGUUUUCCCGCAUUUUUCGCUUGUCCGAGAGAAGUACACAACUUUCAAUUUUCACACAUAUUCUGCACACGAUAUUUUUUUUCCGGAUGAGUAAAAUGUUAUUAAAAUUCCCCCUAGAUAUACAUGUAUAAAAUUCCCCAUAAAAUAUUAAUGCUUUUCGAGAGAGCAGAAAAAAGGAGCACACACACCUGGAUGGCUAACAUUUUUGAAACAAUAAAUAUUUUAUGACUUGUACUACACGCAAGCAAAAAAAACAUUCCGGAUUUUUUUGUUGUAAAAUGAACUUGGGGAAAUGUAUAAAUAUAAAUUAGUUACACGCCUGAACACUUUUCGAAACAUUUCCGGCCCCCAAGACUUCCGCUAACUCGUGUUUGAGAGCUAAUUAAAAUUGGGCAGAAUUUAUGGGAAUGUUUCACGUUUUUCGGCUUCACAAAGGGAGAGUGCGGGAAAAAUUUAAAAAAAAACAUCGUGUACUUCUCGCGGACAAGUGGAAAAUGCGGGAAGAUGGGAUAUUUUGAAUUUUUCUGUGUAGUUCUCUCUUGGAGAAUAUCAAAAUGUUCAGCAGCUUUUGAGAGCUUUGUGUAGUUCUCUUGGACAAUCACGAAAAAACGGCGGGAAAAAAUGUGAAUUUAAAUUUUUAACCAUAAAAAUAUAUCAGUUGAAAACUUCAACUAUUCAUGUUUGAAUUUUUGAAAAUUUUUCGGAAAAUUUCGAAUUUUGCGAAAAAAAUGCCACGUGGCUUCAUUUUUGGCGCCAAAAUGUUUUCAUUUCAAAAAAAUUUCAUUUUAUUUUCAUUUUUAUUCUAAUAAUAUGUAAAGCUCAAAAAUUCGUACUUUUUUUUCAAUUUAAAAAUUUUUGCUCUCUCGCGAAAUCAGAUAAGCUUAUUCAAAUUCUAACCUAUUUAUCUACUUCCAUUUUUGGAUUAACAAUAAUUGCAAAAUCACUUUUCUUUAGCCUCUUUUCUACUCUCAAUUAGCUUCAUUUUCUCACGAGAGAGUAAAAUGCACUUUAUUAUCUAAAUAAUAACAAGAACAUAACGUAAAAUUGCUCAGAAAAAAGAAUUGACAAAGAAACAGUGGAAAAUUUGAUUUUUGCAAAAAAAAUGCGGGGAAAUUCCGAUGCUUCUCAAGUUUUUUGUUGGGAAAAUUGGGGAAUUCCUGGAGAGAAAUGGGAAAUUUAUGAUUUGGCUGCGUACUUGGCUGAGUAUCUAAUGAAAAAGCCCUAAUUAUUAGGGGUUUUUAUUACAUAAUAAUCCUCGGGAGCAGCAAUUUGUUUUUAUUAUUGUAACCAGUCUGAACAGGUGCAAAUAAGAGCAAUGCUUCUUUUUUGCUAAUAAAAAAAGGUCAGGUGGAUGCGGGAAAUUUGGAAUUUCAAAUUUUAUUGAUUUUUUUUUGGCGGCAAAAUUUCAAUUGAAUUCAAAUCUCGAGAAAAUAUUAGUUUUCUCAUUUUUUUCCAGCUCUCUUAGGAAAAAUAAUUAAUUAUUAAUUGGGGUAUGAAGAAAAAUGACAUGUUUUUUGCUUGUUUGACAAAAAAAUGUGGAAGCAAAAUAACUUGGGUGAAGGAAAAAAAUUGUGUAGUUCUCGAGGAGGACUGGGGGAUUUGGAAAUUUGAAUUUGAAUUUGAAUUUGGCGCUCGAAAAUCCAGAAUUUGUGUAGUUCUCGAGGAAAAGAGAAUUUUUCUGCGAAAAAUUGAAAUUCAAAAAAUUUUCGGAAAUUAAACUUCAAGCAUCAGGUUUCUUCUUACUUUUUUUUUCAAUUUUAUUUUCAAAAUUUUCUCUUUCCCAACAUACUUUUUUAUGCAAAUUUCGCCAAUUUUCUCAUCUUUUUUUUUUGAAAAACUUUUUUUUCGCGCGCGCAAAAAGAGCUAACGAGGAGCACACAAGAAAUGCUCUUUUUGCUGAGAUUUUCAUUUUUCGUACUAAUUUUCAUGGAUUUUUGGGUGGUCCCACCGAAAUUUCAGACAUAAAAUUGAGCUCGAAGUUUAAAAAAAAUUAAUAUUCUAGAAUUCUUCUCCUCGAGAACUACACGAGUUAAUUUUGGACAAUUUUUUUCAAAAAUUCAAAAUUUUUGCGCGAAAAAAGCCACGUGGCAUUUAUUUUUGAAAUUUUCCAAAAAGUGUCAUUUGCACCGCCCGAAAAGUGUCCAAAUUUUAGUGGUCCCACCCCAAAAAUAAUUAUCCACAUGUGUGCUCCAAAAUUAGUUUGCCUAACUCCAAAGGAAAUAAACAUUUUUAUGAGCUCCCUCCCCCCCAUACUUUUUUUCCCGCCGAAUUUUUUUUUGACCCCAAAAGUGUCGGGUUUCUCUACGUCUCUCUUGUUUCUCACACUCUCUCUCGCCCAAAGAAAAUUUGCCUAAUUAAUUUGAUUAAAAAUCCGGUGAAUUAUUCAUAAAAGGCACCUCUUUUUGGGUGUGUUGACCAACAAAAACAAGAAUUUGUUUUUGGUUUUGUCCGAGAGAACUACACGGAUUAGUACUAUAAAAUUUUUGGAAAUUUUUGAAGAUCUAAUCUAAGUUUUGGCGCAAAUAUAUCCACGUGGCAAUUUUUUGUUGUGUAGUUCUCGAGGACAAGUCGAAAAAUAUUGAAAAUUCGAAAUUUCAAGUUUUACCGCCUAAAAAUCGUGUAGUUCUCGAGGACAAGUCAAAAAUUCGAAAUUUCAAGUUUUACCGCCUAAAAAUCGUGUAGUUCUCGAGGACAAGUCAAAAAUUCGAAAUUUCAAUUUUUACCGCCUAAAAAUCGUGUAGUUCUCGAGGAGAAGUCAAAAAUUCGAAAUUUCAAUUUUUACCGCCUAAAAAUCGUGUAGUUCUCGAGGAGAAAAUUCGAAAUUUCAAUUUUUACCGCCUAAAAAUCGUGUAGUUCUCGAGGAUAAGUCAAAAAUUCGAAAUUUCAAUUUUUACCGCCUAAAAAUCGUGUAGUUCUCGAGGACAAGUCAAAAAUUCGAAAUUUCAAUUUUUACCGCCUAAAAAUCGUGUAGUUCUCGAGGAGAAGUCAAAAAUUCGAAAUUUCAAGUUUUACCGCCUAAAAAUCGUGUAUUUCUCGAGGACAAGUCAAAAAUUCGAAAUUUCAAUUUAACCGCCUAAAAUCGUGUAGUUCUCGAGGACAAGUCAAAAAUUCGAAAUUUCAAGUUUUACCGCCUAAAAAUCGUGUAGUUCUCGAGGAGAAGUCAAAAAUUCGAAAUUUCAAUUUUUACCGCCUAAAAAUCGUGUAGUUCUCGAGGAGAAGUCAAAAAUUCGAAAUUUCAAGUUUUACCGCCUAAAAAUCGUGUAUUUCUCGAGGACAAGUCAAAAAUUCGAAAUUUCAAUUUAACCGCCUAAAAUCGUGUAGUUCUCGAGGACAAGUCAAAAAUUCGAAAUUUCAAUUUUUACCGCCUAAAAAUCGUGUAGUUCUCGAGGAGAAGUCAAAAAUUCGAAAUUUCAAUUUUUACCGCCUAAAAAUCGUGUAGUUCUCGAGGAGAAAAUUCGAAAUUUCAAUUUUUACCGCCUAAAAAUCGUGUAGUUCUCGAGGAUAAGUCAAAAAUUCGAAAUUUCAAUUUUUACCGCCUAAAAAUCGUGUAGUUCUCGAGGACAAGUCAAAAAUUCGAAAUUUCAAUUUUUACCGCCUAAAAAUCGUGUAGUUCUCGAGGAGAAGUCAAAAAUUCGAAAUUUCAAGUUUUACCGCCUAAAAAUCGUGUAUUUCUCGAGGACAAGUCAAAAAUUCGAAAUUUCAAUUUAACCGCCUAAAAUCGUGUAGUUCUCGAGGACAAGUCAAAAAUCUUCAUUUUCAAAUCAAAACAGCCCGAAAAUAUACGUUUCAAAAAAUUUUGAAAGUAAAAUUGGGAAUUGCAGUUUGAUUCGAAAUUAAUUCCUUUUUUCGACAAUACAUCUGGAUCUAGUUUGAUACUCAGCCAAGAAUUAGGUACGCAGCCAAAUUUGAUACUGAAAAUUUUUAAAAAAUUAAAUUUUGAUAUCAAAAAUUCGAAUUUCAAAAGAAAUCCACCGAAAUUCCUGUUUUGUCCGAGAGAACUACACAGCCCUCUCUCUUUAUCUCAUAAUUUCCUGGAAUUUCCCCUUCCUGUGGUGCACAAACAGAUUUAAUCUCUGUUUUUUUUGGGGUGUUACACCAUGUGCUAAUGCGAUCAUAUGGUGUUGGCACACCCAAAUCCACCCCCACCCAAUUUAUUUUUCGUCUUUUUCUUGGGUGGAUUUGUAUUAACUACUUAGUUUUGGACAAUUUUUGCCACGUGGCAAGCCCUAAAACCUCCUAAAUUCAAAUUUUUGCAGACCCGGACAUCUUCCACCCAACACUGGAUUUUAUCCGGAUGCCACAUCAACACUACUAAAAUAUCCAAUAACUGGAACUGUACAGCAAAAUCGAAAGUAAGUCUGAAAUUGGGCAUUUUAAGCUAAAAAAAUCGAUUUUUCAGGCUUAAAAUGACCUAAAAUUGAUCAUUUUUCACCCAGAAUUAGCCUAACUUCUCUCCAUUUUUUGAAUUUUUCAGAAGACAAAUUGGUUCGAUGAAUAUUAACAAUAACAAUAAUAAUAAUAAUCAGAUGGACGCGAAAAAGAAGAAAUUGAAAGAUGAGCAAGAAAAUGGAGCGGGUUGUUGGAAAACGGCCGGAAAAUGCACACUUUUUCUAGCCGCUGCCUUGAUUUUUGCAAUUUUUAUCAUUUUAUUCAUGUUGUGUGAGUUUUUUUUGGGGGGUCUUGCGUGGAAAAUUUGAAAUCUCAGUUUUUGGGGUUUUUCAGAAUUUUUUUUUCAAAUUUAGAACUUUUAGCGCUGAAUUUUUCUACGUGGAAGUUCAAAAAAUUUCCAGAAAAAUGAUUUUUUAACCCGGAACAUUUACGUUUCAAAAAAUUUUGAAAAUAGAAUUGAAAAAUCUCAAUUUGAUAAAUAGUUUAUGAGUUAAAACUAUUAAAGCUUCUCAAAAAAAUUAGGAUUUUUCAGAAUUUUGAAAAAAAAAUUUUGCCACGUUGAAUUUUGCCGAAAAUUAAAAUUAAAACUUUUGAAACCUGAAAUUCCACCUGGAAUUUCAGAAUUUUUGGAAAAUUUCCAGAAAAAAUGAUUUUUUUAACCCGGAAAAUUUACGUUUCAAGAAAUUUUGAAAAUAAAAUUGGGAAAAUUUAUUUUCAAAAUGAAUUCAAAUUUGAAGAAAAACAUAAAUUUCGGAAAAUUUUGAAAAUAAAAUUCUCAAAAAAAAUCAAAAUCAAGAAUUGUUUCAGUCAAAUCCCCAUCAUAUGUCUACACCGAACCAUCUCCAUCCUCCGAACUCUCCUCCCGAUAUUCGGAACUCGGCAUUCGCGCCCUUCCACCCGCCAUCUCACUCGGCGAACGAAUCGACGUCGAAUUCUUCCCGCGACACAUGGCCACCACCGAACUGAUUCUCUCCCGUUCCGCCCGCAUCAUCUUCAACGCCACCGUCGGCAGCGGCGCCCAACUAGUCAUGCUGAUUCGAGCCGGCGUUCCGCCGUCGAUGAGUCUACACGAUGCGAUUUUUCCGAUCAGGAGUGAUCGCAUUCGAGAAGUCUCGCAUAUUGUUGAGGAACUUCCGACGAGAAGUCGACGCAGUUCCGGAUCCUAUCAGAAUCAUCAAAUCAUGUCGCCAAGAACUACAAGUUUUGAACAAUUUCUACUAGAAGGCCGACAUUUUCUAACAUUUAUCAAUGAAAGAAAUCGAAUUGAGCCAAUUUCGUUCAUCGCAAAUGCUCAGCCACCCAAAAAAUUGGCAGCAGAAAAAUCGGAGCGAACACAUCCGCUGGCUCCGAUUUUGGUCUGCGAAUCGAAUUGCAAUAAUCGAGGCGAAUGUUUGCAUGGCAAAUGCCAUUGUGCUGCCGGAUUUACGGGAACUCUUUGCGAGGAGGCGAUUUGUCCGGUGGUUUGUAGCGGGAAUGGUAUCUUCUCGGGUGGCAGUUGUAUUUGUAAGAGUGGAUUUAAGGUGAGUUUUCUUAAAGGCGCAUAGCUUUGGGUCUCGCCACGAUCUCCCUUUAAAUUCAAAAAUUUCGAUACCAAAAUGCGUAGAAUUUUGAGCUCUACAAGAUGAGCGGGGUCUUGAGAGGAAAUUUUGAUGUGUACUUCUCUCGGACAACAUUUCGGCGUGAAAUUCAAACACAGAAUUUCAAAAAUUCGAAUUUCGCGCCUAAAUGUUCUCAGAGAGAAGUACACGAAAAUUUUGUCGAAAUUCCGUCAAAUCCACGUGUCAAAUUUUGAUUUCUCGGAAUUUUUUUAAAGGAGCAUAGACUUUGAUAAUUUGGGUCUCGCCACGAUCUCCCUUUAAAUUCAAAAAUUUCGAUACCAAAAUGCGUGCAAUUUUGAGCUCUACAAGAUGAGCCGGGUCUUGAGAGGAAAUUUUUUGAUGUGUACUUCUCUCGGACAACAUUUUGGUGUGAAAUUCGAAAUUCUGUAUAGUACACGAAAAUUUUGUCGAAAUUUCGUCAAAUCCACGUGUCAAAUCUUGAUUUCUCGGAAUUUUUUUAAAGGAGCAUAGACUUUGAUAAUUUGGGUCUCGCCACGAUCUCCCUUUAAAUUCAAAAAUUUCGAUACCAAAAUGCGCCGAAUUUUGAGCUCUACAGGAUAAGAUGAGAAAUUUUUCCGUGUACUUCUCUCGGAAAACUUUUAGGCGCGAAAUUCAAAUUUUUAAUUACGAAAUUCUAGCGGGAAAUUUAAAAAUUCGAAUUUCUGUUGAAAAUCAAACUUCUGUGUAGUUCUAUCGGAGAAGAAAUUCGGCCAAAGAAUGUGAAUUUGAAAAACUUUGAAAAUUUUCCAAAAAAAGAUAGACUAACUUACAAAAAUUUUUGCAGGGAAAAGAAUGUGAAAUGCGCUCCUCCUGGUGCGAAAUCCCAGAUUGUAACGGGCGCGGAAAAUGCGAUUCAAACAUUGGAAAAUGUCGAUGCGACCCAAAAUGGACUGGAGAAUCGUGCGAACUUCGCGCAUGUUUCCCGCAUCCAACAUGCUCCGAUCGAGGAAUCUGUUCGAAUGGAACAUGUUAUUGUCAAGAAGGUUGGCGAGGCGAAGAUUGCUCGAUUUUUGUCGAUUUUUUGGCGGCGCAACCUUCUGAUAAAUCACAGGGAUUAGCUCCGAAAUCAGCACCGGUUCAAAUUCAGAUUCCCAGAAAACCUCAAGUUACUACCACAACUACGAGCCCGACUUUGAAACCUAGUUCAAAUUUGAAUAUGAAUUCCGAAAAAUCGUGUGCGAAUGGGAAAUUGAAUGAUGAGAAAAUUUGCGUUUGUGAUGUUGGUUUUGGCGGGAGAAACUGUGAGAAAAGUGAGUUUGCGUAAAAUUCAAAAUUUUUAAAUUUUGUGUAGUUCUCCUGGACAAUAUUUUAGCGGGAAAUUCAAAAAUUCAAAUUUCUUGUGAUUUUUUUUCAAUGUUUUUUGUUGUAAUUCUCUGACAUUUUGAAUUUGCAGCCAAAUUUCUUCUCCGAGAGAACUACACAAAAAAAAUUUGAAAAAAAUCACAAGAAAUUUGAAUUUUUGAAUUUCCCGCUAAAAUGUUGUCCAGUAGAAUCUCGCGCCGUAAUGUUUUACGAGAUUUUUAAUUCUGUGAAGUUCUCUCGGACAAUAUUUUAGCGGGAAAUUCAAAAAUUCAAAUUUCUUGUACUUUUUUUGAAAGUCAAGUGUAGUUCUCUCGGAGAAGAAUGUGGCACCGAAAUUUUGAAUUUGCAGCCAAAUUUCUUCUCCGAGAGAACUACACAAAAAAAAUUUGAAAAAAAUCACAAGAAAUUUGAAUUUUUGAAUUUCCCGCCAAUGUGUUGUCCGAGAGAACUACACAGAAUUAAAAAUCCCGGAAAACAUUUAGGCGCGAAAUUCAAAUGUUUGAAAUUCUGUGUAAUUCUCCUGGACAAUAUUCUAGCAGGAAAUUCAAAAAUUCAAAUUUCUUGUGAUUUUUUCUCAAUUUUUUUGUGUAAUUCUCUCGGAGAAGAAUGUGGCACCGAAAUUUGGAAAUUUCGAAUUUGCAGCCAAAUUUCUUUUCCGAGAGAACUACACAAAAAAAAAUUUGAAAAAAAUCACAAGAAAUUUGAAAUUUUGAAUUUCCCGCUAAAAUCUUGUCCAGGAGAACUACACAGAAUUUCAAAAAUUUGAAUCUCGCGCCGUAAUAUUUUCCGAGACUUUUAAUUCUGUGAAGUUCUCUCGGACAAUAUUUUAGCGGGAAAUUCAACAAGAAAUUUGAAUUUUUGAAUUUCCCGCCAGAGAACUACACGAAAAAUGUCAAAUUUCGAAUCGAAAUUUUCCAAAUUUUCAGAAAUCUGCACAUCGUGCCUAAACGGCGAUUGCAAUUCCGAAGGAAAAUGCGAAUGUUGGAAAGGUUUCACCGGAAAAUCAUGCGAUGUUCAAGAAUGCGCCAUAGGCUGCGAAGAUCACGGAAAAUGUCAGCCAAAAAAUGGAACUUGUAAAUGCGAAAAAGGAUGGAACGGCGACAAUUGUCAUAUUCAAGGUUGCCCAAAUCAAUGUUCAUCAAAAGGCGAAUGUCAACAAAAUCGACGAACCCUCGAAUACACGUGUAUCUGCCACGCUGGACAAACUGGACCCGAUUGCUCAUUAUCGAUUGAAUUACACUGUGACGAUGGUUUGGACAACGAUAACGAUGGAUUAAUCGAUUGUGACGAUCCGGAAUGUUGUGAUAAUCCGAGUUGUCUGGAAGAAAGUGUAUGCUCAACAGCGACUUCGCCAACUGAUGUUCUGCUUCGAAUGCCACCGAUUUUCAAUGCGAAUUUUGCGCAACGAGUUGGAUUUUUGAUCAAGGAGAAAAGUGUGCAAAGUUAUACGGAUCCGGCGCAAUUCAAUGAUUCGAUGAUUGCGGUUAUCCGCGGGAAAGUUCAGUGGAAAAAUGUGGGAGAGGAUUCCUCGUUUAGCCCGAGUAUUCCACUUCCUGGAGUUCGAGUAUCCGAUGCAUCACAUCCACUCUAUGGUUUCACCCUCAGUCGAAGUGAUGGAUACUUCGAUUUGGUGGUGAAUGGUGGACGAAGUGUUAAUCUACAAUUCCUACGAAUGCAAUUCAAGCCAGUUAAAAAAAGUGUGUAUGUUGCACCAAGGCAAAUUGUUCAUAUUGAUGAUAUUAUUCUCUAUCGAUCUGGCUCGCAAUCUCCACCGAUUUCUCAAGCGGCGAGACCGAAAUGCUCACCGACUUCUAGAAAGAUUCCAGAAGUUUCGAUUAUUUCGAAUUGGCAAUAUGUUAGUGAAGGAAUAUCGGAGAGAAAUGGUGCUAGGUUAUUGAUUGAUUCGAGAUCGAUUUUUGAGAGUUUACCCAUUGAAGGAACAGAUUUACGAUUGAUUUAUGAUUCUGCACGGUCUUCUGCUUCUCCAGCAACAAUGCUAAUCGGAUUACUUGGUGAGCAAAUCGAUAAAGAUCUUCGAAAAAUUCACCUAAAUCUGCGAAUCGCUGGAAGAGAAUUUGAUUACACACUUGCCCCAAAAGUUAACCUAACUCACAUUUUCACAUGGGACAAAAUGAAUGCUUAUCGACAAAGUGAAACUGGACUAGUUGCAAUGAGUAUUCGAAUCGGUUAUGAGUAUUUGGAUUGCAAUCGACCGUCGGAAAUUGUUUGGAUACGGCGAAGAUCGCAAAUGUUGGGAGCGACGGCGCGGAAAAUGAUUGGAAAUAUGUGGACAAUUGAUGUACACCAUCAUUUGGAUGUUGUUAAUGGUAAGAUACUUCUAGAUUUACAAGAAAAAUUCCAAUUUUUUCUAGAUAUCAUCGAAAAAGGAGAUGGUGGAUAUCGAUUAAUCGCUGAACUUGAGCCAAAAGUCUCCACAAUUGCUGGAUUAGAUGGUUCGAAACGAGAUAUUGAUUGUAAUCAGGAUAUUCCGUGUGAAGGAACUGGAUUAGCUAAGGUAUAAACCCUGAAAACAAAGAAAAAUCCUAUAUUUUUCAUUUUCUCCUCUAAAAAUGCGUUCCAUGAAAAAUUCAACAGAUCCCCUGAUUCAUCUCGUCGAGAGGAAUCGAAUGGUAGUUGUGAAAUUGUCUGAAAACCCACGUAACGUGCUGAAAAUGCGCGUAAACACGAAAAAAUAAAAAUAAAAUUUUUGCAAAACUGCAAACACCGCGACGCACAAAUGCACACAUUGACACACACCGUAUACCAAAAUUUUUUUUAUUUUUCAUUUCCCGCCUAGAAAUUCUCUGAAAAUGUGCUUCAUGAAAAUUGUCACAGCUCCCCUGAUUCAUCUCGUCGAGAGGAAUCGAAUGGUAGUCGUGAAAUUAUCUGAAAACCCACGUAACGUGCUGAAAAUGCGCUGAAACUUUGCACCAAAAAAAAAAUAAAAUUUUUGCAAAACUGCAAACACCGCGACGCACAAAUGCACACAUUGACACACACCGUAUACCAAAAAAAUAUUUUUUUAUUUUUCAUUUCCCGCCUAGAAAUUCUCUGAAAAUGCGCUUUAUGAAAAUUGUCACAGCUCCCCUGAUUCAUCUCGUCGAGAGGAAUCGAAUGGUAGUCGUGAAAUUAUCUGAAAACCCACGUAACGUGCUGAAAAUGCGCUAAAACUUUGCACCAAAAAAAAUAAAAUUUUUGCAAAACUGCAAACACCGCGACGCACAAAUGCACACAUUGACACAUACCGUAUAUCAAAAUAAAAUAUUUUUUUAUUUUUCAUUUCCCGCCUAGAAAUUCUCUAAAAAUGCGCUUCAUGAAAAAUAUCACAGUUCCCCUGAUUCAUCUCGUCGAGAGGAAUCGAAUGGUAGUCAUGAAUUUAUCUGAAAACCCACGUAACGUGCUGAAAAUGCGCUGAAACUUUGCACCAAAAAAAAUAAAAUUUUUGCAAAACUGCAAACACCGCGACGCACAAAUGCACACAUUGACACAUACCGUAUACCAAAAAAAAAUAUUUUUUUAUUUUUCACGCAAUUUCAAGAUUCCAAGGCAAAUUCCUAUUUUCAGAUCCCAUUAUUCCGGCCAACAAGUCUUGUCUAUGCAGCCGAUGGAAGUUUAAUCGUCGGAGAUCACAAUUUGAUUCGACGAAUCACAUCAGACGGAUCAGUCAACACUGUCCUAACUCUCAGCCUCGCCGACACUUCUCACUCAUAUUAUCUCGCUGUCAGUCCACUCGAUGGAACUCUCGUCAUCUCUCUCCCACUUCACAAGCAAAUUUGGAAGAUCAGCAGCCUGGAGCCGCAAGAUUCGAAAUCGAAUUAUGAAAUUGUGGCGGGCGACGGAAGUGUUUGCGGAUCGGCUGUCGAUGGAUGCGGUGAUGGUGGAUUGGCACAAAAUGCACAAUUAAUUUUCCCCAAAGGAUUGGCCUAUGAUCGAAAUGGAAAUCUUUAUUGUAAGAUAUUAUUACCCAGAUUUGUGUGCAAAAAAAAAUAAGUGACCGUAGUUCUGUCCUCCCCCUUCGUUUUUGUCGCGGCGAGACACACACCUUCAAAAAAUCGAUGCGCCUUUAAUUUGCAUCGAAAAAAAGGCCGUUUUAGGGUGUUUUGGGGCUAUUACCGGUCAAAAGGAGGAAGGGAUUUAGAACAAAUUCAAAGAUGAAUUUGCUUCAUUUUCGCAAUUUUGAAGAGGAAAACGGGUUUUUCAUCUAUAAAGCACUUAAAAAUCUCCUUUCAUAGGAUUUUCUGCUUUAAACAGAGUUGAACCUUCUUUAUUCUUCACUUUGUUAUCAAUUUGGUUGAUUUCUGCCUUUAUUUCAUGUAGAAACAUCGAAGAUCCGGAAAAAAACAAAAAAAAACACCGUAGUUUUUGAAAGGCGCAGCACCCGAAACACACAUGGUCUCGUCGCGACGAAAAUAAAGGGGGGAAGAACUACGGUAGAUAUUUUUUCAAAAUAAUUAUUUUUUUCACACACUAGUAUACUCUUCGUGAAGUGUAGUUGGAGAGAAUCUCAGGGUUCCCAACUGUUAUACUUUUUAUGUGAUCUAUUCUCAAAGUAGGAGUGAGGGGGGUUCCCAUUUUGAAGAAAAAAAUCCCCUGAAGUUACAAUAAGCGUGUUCGAAAAAUUGCAGCGCUCAAACCCCGGGGCCCCAAAAAAAAAGAAAAUAAAUAAAUAAAAAUUCACGAAUACUUCUACCGUACCCCUCAUCAAAGGCGCACACAAUUUUUCUCCCGUGUCUCGCAACGCGCGUUGAUUUUUCAAAAAACGAAGCGGUGUUUGCACAAAAAGAAACAUUUAAUGUGACGCCAAAUUUUCAGUGAUUUCGUUUUUUAUAAGGGGAGGAUAUCUAAAUAAUAAUUUUUGCAGUCGCUGACAGCCGUCGAAUUCGAGUCAUCGAUACAGCUGGACAUAUCCGAAGUAUCGGCGAAACCACUCCAGACACGCAUCCAUUUCGAAAUUGCGCAACUUGGCAAAUGACUAAACUUGUUGAUUUGCAAAUGGUAUGGCCUACCUCAAUAUCGAUUGACGCUGCCAGCAAUUCGAUUUAUGUUCUUGACACAAAUGUGGUUUAUGAGAUUGAUGGAGAUGUUGUGAGAAUUGUUUUAGGACAACCAGCGACUUGCACUUCAUCUAAUCUCACCGCUCUUCAGAAUCCCAAAGAUAUAAGUGUUGCGAAUGAUGGAAGUGUAUAUGUUGUUGAAUCGGAUGGCAAGCGUCUCAAUCAAAUUCGAAAACUAUCACAAGAUCGGCAAGUUUUCUCAAUUGUUGCUGGAGGCAAAUCACCGUGUAGUUGUGACGUCGCGGCUUGUGGUUGUGAUGAUGAGGGGGAAGUUGUUGGCGCAUCGGCGGCGAGAUUCAAUUCACCGCAAGCGAUUGCGAUUGCGCCGAAUGGUGAUUUGGUGAUUGCGGACGCGGCGAACGCGAAAAUUCGAAGGGUUUCCCGGAGAAGUGCGAAAUGGAAUGAGAAAUUGAGAAGUUUUGAGGUUGCCGAUGCGGAAAGAAUGGAGAAAUUGAUGUUUAAUAGGCAUGGAUUGCAUACAUCUACGAUAUCUAUGAUCAGUGGAAAGCCGCUUUUGAAUUUUACCUAUAAUGUGGAUUCGCCGAUUGCACAAUUGUCUAUGAUUCGUGGGGCAAAUGGGAUGGUUUUGAGGUUGAAUACAGCGAAUCAGACGCAAAUUGAAAUCGAAACAUCGCAAGGAGUUCAGACGAUUCUGACAAUGUCUGCGUUUGACGGAACACUUGAACAAGUUCUCUCGAGACCCGAUAGUUUAUCGAGGGAUACCACGAAACUGGGAUACACAUCGAAGGGUUUGCUGUCAUCGAGAGUUGAUCACGCGACUGCGGUUGGUUUUGAAUAUGAUCAAUUUGGAAGAGCGGAAGCGAUACGGAAAGAUGGAGAGAUUUGGAGAAUCGCCAAAGAAGUUGUGCAAAAUGGCGGCCGAGUUGUGUCGGAUGUUUGGUUGAAUUCGAUGAAAAUUGGGCAGGUUCGAAUAGCGGAUGGGGUGGAUUUGAUGAUCUCACAGAUGGAGCAUUCUACAAGAAUUAUCACACUUCGCAGAGAGGGUUAUAGUAUUUUGUCGGCGUUUGGAACCGCCUCGCUUUUUGAUACCACGAUUCCGCGGGGAUUUGAGGAGCCGGUGGUCUCGAGGCGAAGGACUACGGUACCGGCGACGAGUGAUCGGCGGGCAUUGACUACCAGAUGGGAUUGGAGAUAUACGUUCAAACGAGCGGCGGAUGAGCCGAAACGAAUUGCCGAGGUUGGAUUCAAGACGAGGGUUGGUUAUUGGAGACACCGUGUGAUAGAACUAACUUUUAACAGCGAUUUGAGUUGUAACAUUUUGCAGAUUGCGAACUUUUUUGGAAAUUUUGAAAAAAUUGAAUUUUUGGGGCAUUUUUUCAAUGUUGAAUUUGAAAAUUCGGAAAUUUUCUGAGAUAUUUUCAGAUUUUUAAAUAAAACAGUGUCAUUUUAGCGCGGAGAAUUUUGAAUUUUGAAAAAAUAUAUGCCACGUGGAUUUUUUCGAAAUUUGAAAAAUUAUGACACGUGGAUUUUUUCGAAAUUUGAAAAAUUAUGACACGUGGAUUUUGGAACCGAAAUUUCAAUGUUAAGAUUUUUUUUUUUAAUUUUGAAAAAAUUAUUCCACGUGGCUUUUGCUCUCGAAACUUCAAUUUUGAAAAAAAAUAUUCCACAUGGCAUUUUAGCGCUAAAAAUUUUGAAUUUUGAAUUAAAAUGCCACGUGGAUUUUUGGCCUAAAUUUAUAUUUUUGAAAAAAUAUGCCACGUGGAUUUUUGGCCACAAUUUUGAAUUUUAACAAAAUUAUGACACGUGGCUUUUUUUGAACCAAACAUUUUUAAUUAAAAGAAAAUGUUCCAUGUGGCAUUUUAGCGCUGAAAAUUAUAUAUUAUUGAAAAAAUUCCACGUGGCAUUUUAGCGCUAGAAAUUAUGAAAUUUGAAAUUUUUUUUAUUUUGAAAAAAUUAUUCCACGUGGCUCUUUGACACCUAAAUUUAUAUUUUCGAGAAAAUUCCACGUGGCCCCCGAACUUUUUGAAUUUAAAAAUAUGCCACGUGGAUUUUCGGCGCCAAAAAUUGAAAAAUUUCCCACAAAAAUCUCUGAAAAAGUUCGCAUCCCAACUAACUCUAACACAUCAUGCGGUGACAAUAACCAAUUCUCGAAAAAUCGGGGAAUUUUCAUUUUUUUUUCGAAAAAUUCCCCGAUUUUUCCCUAGAUUUUUAAUUAAAAUCUUAUUCUUAAUCUGAAAUUGCAGAUAAAUGGAGUGAAUAUUUUCUCAAUGGAAUACAAUUUGGCGAAUAAUCGAGACACUUUGAGACUUGGCUCAACUUCCGAUGAUUCAUCGAUUCUUUUCAAUAUUGAUUAUACAGAUUCGGGAGAAAUUCAGAAGAUUUGGAGUCCUGCGGAAAAUCAAUUGGAUGAGCUGGAAAUUGAUAAGAGUUCUGCUAAGUCGCAAGUGAAAAAAUGGGGAAAUUGGAAAAAUGAGAAGGUUUUUGAUGCGGAAAACAGGCUUCUCGAGAUAAAUGAAGCUGGAAAAGUUCCGCUGAAAUUCGGAUAUUUGAACCAGAAACGUCGGAAACCGCAGACAAUUCAAAGGGAUAUUUCGAAAUACACAAUUCAAUAUGAUAAUUAUGAUCGGAUCAAGGAGAUUGCAAGUGAAACAUCUGGAGAAACUUCGAGUUUUUCGGCGAUUUCACUGGGAGCUGAAGAAUGGGUCUUGAAGCGGAGAAGUUCAUUGAAUACCAAACCGUUUUUAGUUAGGCUAAAUGCUGAGGAAAUUGAGGAAUUUGCGACACCUGAUGGAUUACAUCAUUUUAUGAAGAAACGAAAUGAGAAAGGAGAAAUUGAGCGGAUUUUGAAUGAUGGAAAAAUUGUGGAAAUUGAUAGUUGGACACCGGAUGGAAAUAUUGCGGGCCUCAAAAUGGCGGAGAUUUGGAAAAUGAAUUUGACCCAUCAGGGACAUUUGAUUUCGCGCCAAUCGAUGAUGAUUUUGGGGAAGUUGAGCACGUUUAGCUAUGAAUAUGAUGAUUUGUUGAGAGUUGUGGCGAUUCAACCGGUUGUUGAGCAGAGUCUGGUGGAACCGAUUCAGGUGAGCAUUUUUUUUUUUGCUUAAAAAGCCGUGAAUUUUGAGGAAGUUCCGAAGUUUGAAAACUGAAAAUCUUAGAAAAAACGCAUUUUUUCACGAUUUUCAGAGAAUUUUCAAAAUUUCACCAAAAAAUCCACGCGGCAUUUUUUAAUUAAAAAUUUAAAUUUUUUAUUUUCGCGCUUAAAAUCCACGUCGCAUUUUUUUUGUUAAAAAUUUAAAUUUUGUAUUUUCGCGCUUAAAAUCCACGCGGCAUUUUUUAAUUAAAAAUUUAAAUUUUUUAUUUUCGCGCUUAAGAACCACGUGGCAGUUUUAUUGAAAAUUUGAAUUUUUUAUUUUCGCGCUUUAAAAUCCACGUGGCAAUUUUAUUAAAAAUUUGAAUUUUGAAUUUUCGCGCUCAAAAACCACGUGGCAUUUUUCUAAUUUAAAAUUUAACUUUGGUAUUUUCGCGCUUAAACACCACGUUUCAUUUUUUUUUUUGUUAAAAAUUUGAAUUUUUUAUUUUCGCGCUUAAAAACCACAUGGCAUUUUUAUUGAAAAUUUGAAUUUUGUAUUUAUUUUCGCGCUUAAAAACCACGUGGUAAUUUUUUUAUUCAAAAUUUAAAUGUUGUAUUUUCGCGCUUAAAAACCACGUGGUAAUUUUUUUAUUCAAAAUUUAAAUGUUGUAUUUUCGCGCUUAAAAACCACGUGGCAGUUUUAUUGAAAAUUUGAAUUUUGUACUUUCGCGCUUAAAAACCACGUUUCAUUUUUUUGUUGAAAAUUUGAAUUUUGUACUUUCGCGCUCAAAAACCACGUGGCAGUUUUUUUUGUUAAAAAUUAAAAAUUUUGAAUUUUGGAACUGAAAAAUCCACGUGGCAGUUUUAUUGAAAAUUUGAAUUUUGAAUUUUCGCGCUUUAAUAUCCACGUGAAUUCACAAAUUAUUUUGAAUAAGAAUUUGACUUUUAGAACUAAAAAAUCCAUGAAAUUUCGAAUUUUUCAAGAAAAAAAUUAGAAAAAUCGGAUUGUUCACCACGUCAUAUCCAUUUUCUUCCCAAAUCAAGGUUCAUUUUUUGCAGAUUUCCUACGAUGAAAGAACUGGUCGAAUCGCAUCUCUAAAUGGAUUUUCGGUGAUUUCCGACGCAACAACAAGUCGAAGUUCAGGUCAUGGAUUAAUGUAUGAAACAUCGAAAAUUGAUUCGCAUCGACAAAUCAUCGAAAUAAAAAUGAUGUUUGGAGAUGCGCGAGCAAAAAUGAGCAUAAAACGCGAUGGUGUCGGAAGAGCACAAGAGGAAUUGCUCGAAAUUCAAGAGACUUCUGGAUUCGGCUCGAAAACCAUCAAAACAAUUCGAAGUUUCGAUGGAUCUGGAAGAUUGGCUGGAAUUGAACAAGGAGAUUUGAAGACGAUUUUGAAAUAUAAUUCGGAUGGAAGAUUGGAGAAAUUGAAUGAUCAAAUUGUGGAAUAUCAUCGAGGUGGAGCAUUGAAAAUAUUUGCGGAUAUUUUGUAUAAAGUUGAUACAAUUGGAUGGGUUCAAAAAAGGAAUAAUAUUAGUUUUGGAUAUGAUGGAAAAGGAAGAUUGAUUCGAACGAAAAAAGAUGGAGAAAAUGAGAAUAUUGAAUUGAUUUAUGAUCAUGAAGAUCGAUUGAUUUCGAUUAAAAAAGGAGCAGCAGAUCUUAUCAAUUUAUAUUAUGGCUAUCCGAAAAAUCCAAAGAAAGUUUCGCAUUUCUCGAAAAACGCGGUUAUCUCCACGAUUUUCUACGAUGAAAAUAAUCUGCCAUUCGCAAUUUCGAGCUCAGAUGGCAGAAGAUUUGGAGUGAUUUGUGAUGAAAUGGGAACUCUUCGCUUGAUUUCCACAGAUUCAAAGAUUGUUAAGUUCAUUGAGCGUGGCAUUUUUGGAAAAGUUUUGGAAGAUUCCGACGCCAGAUUUUGGAUUCCUGUUGGUUAUUUGGGCGGAAUUGAGAUUGAUGGAUUGGAUUUGGUGAUUUUGGAGAAUGGAAGAGCGUUGGAUUUGAUAUCGGGAAGAUAUUUGAGUAUUUCACCGGAAACUGUGUUGAGAUUGGAAUUUGAAGAUUUGGAGAAUUCGAUUGAUUUGUUGGCGCUGGAGACGAAAUAUCAACCAUUUGCGUUGCCCGGAAUUCCCGAAGGUUUGUGCAUUUUUCAAAUUUAGCCUAAAUCUUGAACUGUUCCGGAAGUUACCUUUCUAAUUUUAACAGUAGCUGAAUUUGAGCCGGAAAUCCAAAUAUAAAUUUUGAAAAAAAUUCAAAACUUGAAAAAUUCCCCGCAAAUCUAAAAUUUGGGCUUUUUUUUUAAAUUUUGAAGCGAAAAAUAAUUUCAGAAAUAUCUUGAUUUUCAACAAAUCAAAUAAAAAUGUUAUCCUAAAUUCAGGAAGGUUUGUGGAUUUUUUUUUCAAAAUUUAGCCUUUUUAAAUUUUGAAGUUCAAAACUUGAAAAAAAGCCCAAAAAAAGAAUUUGAGCCGGAAUUCCAAGUAUAAAUGUUGAAAAAAAUUCAAAACUUGAAAAUUUCCCCACAAAUCUAAAAUUUGGGGUUUUUUUUUCAAAUUUUGAAGUUCAAAACUUGAAAAAAACUUGAUUUUUAACAAAACAAACAAAAAUUCAAUCUGAUUUUUGCAGAUUUCGAAUCGUGGUUUAAAAUAGUUGGCCUAUCUCCUGAUCUUCUUCCAAAUGUUCAUCUUGGUCUUCCCAGCUCAUCAUCUUCAUCAUUUUCUUCUCCAAUAACCCAUCGACUUUUGAAUUCUUUUCCCUCAAAAUUGGAUUCACUUUCACAUAUUAAUACAAUUCGACCAAGUCGUCUAAUCGAUCAACAAAAUGCAUUGAAAUCCAAUGAAUGGUCAAUCGAAGAUAUCGGAUUCUCAAAUCUUCUUUUGAUAAAUGAAAAUGAGAAGAGCCUCAUUGAAACUGUCACUUUACCAAUAUUGGAUAAAUCGGAGGCGGAAAUUGUGCACAAAUUGUUGGAUGGCUCGAAAAAUGUUGAUUUUUGCACGUGGUCUCCGAUUCCGGUUCGAUAUUUUUGGAAGAAAAUUGAUGCGAUUCCGGUUUUGAGUUCGGCUUCUUUACCACAUUUCACACUGGUUGUUAAUAAAGAAAAUGCGGAAUUGAGGAAUGGAAAAACCAAGAUUAUUGUGCAUUUUGCUAAUGAUAAGGUAAGUUUUUAGGGGUUUCCAAGUUUUAGAGCUUAUGAAAAUCAAAAAAUCUCAAUUUUUGCAGAAAGAAGUUGUGAAAAAACUAACAGACGAUCUUCGAAACCGCGAACAAAUCAGUGUUUGGAAAGCGGAAAGAAAACGAGUCGAUUCGAAUUCGAAUUCAUCCGAUGAACCAUUUUGGAUAAAUUGGACAGAUCGAGAAAAACGAGAAUUGAAAUCGAAAGGAUCGGUUAGUGGAUAUUCGAUUGAUCUCAAAUCACAUUCUCCAUAUUUUUCAACAAUUCAUUCGUGGAAAUUUGUUAAUUUGUCCAAUUAG